AUGGAGAAAAAAGGAAACAUCACAACAACCAGAACAAAUGAACCGACAAGGAAGAGGAAUCAAAUGCCAAUCGACAAAAAUUCCCUUGAAUAUAUAACAAGGUCUGGGCUUGCAGGUGGAAUAUCUGGAUCCUGUGCGAAAACUUUAAUUGCUCCUUUGGAUAGAAUAAAGAUUUUAUUUCAGACGUCAAAUCCACAUUACACUAAAUAUGCAGGAUCAUUAGUCGGUUUAAAGGAAGCCGCUAAACAUAUUUGGUUGAAUGAUGGAAUCCGUGGAUUCUUUCAAGGCCAUUCUGUUACAUUAAUGAGAAUAUUCCCCUAUGCAGCUGUAAAAUUUGUUGCAUACGAACAAAUUAGAAACACAUUAAUCCCUUCAAAGGAAUAUGAAUCUCAUUGGCGAAGAUUGAUGAGUGGUUCCCUGGCAGGUUUAUGUAGUGUGUUUACCACUUAUCCAUUGGAUUUAAUCCGUGUAAGAUUGGCAUACGUAACAGAACAUAAAAGAAUUAGCUUACUAGGCCUAGUAAAAACUAUCUACAAGGAGCCAGCUUCUACAACUUUAGAAGCGAAGGGAUACAUACCGAAUUGGUUUGCUCAUUGGUGUAAUUUUUAUCGAGGUUACACCCCCACCGUUCUAGGAAUGAUUCCAUAUGCAGGUGUAUCAUUUUUCGCUCAUGAUCUUUUGCAUGAUGUAUUGAAGCAUCCCAUACUUGCUCCAUAUUCUGUUUUAGCACUUUCCGAAUCAGAGCAAGAAGAAAGACACUUUAAACAUCAAAGACUCCCAUUAAGAACUUGGGCAGAAUUACUUUCAGGUGGACUUGCAGGAAUGGCGUCACAAACUGCUGCCUACCCAUUCGAAAUAAUUAGAAGGCGGUUACAAGUCAGUACGUUAUCCGUGUCACAAAUGUAUGAUCAUAGAUUUCAAUCUAUUUCCGAGAUUGCAAAAAUCAUUUAUAAGGAAAGGGGAUGGAGAGGUUUUUUUGUUGGGUUGAGUAUUGGGUACAUUAAAGUAACUCCAAUGGUUGCAUGUAGCUUUUUUGUUUACGAAAGGAUGAAGUGGCACUUGGGUAUUUGA